GUACGUCUUGGCGAGCAGUUCGCGGGACUCGGCUGACCCUCAGAUAAAAGCCUGAGCGGGCAGGUCUGGACAGUAGUAGUACACGCCGACGAUAGCCAUGCGAGUGUCCUGGGUGCUAUCCUGGGUGGCUGUCGGGUGCCUGGUGACCCUAGGGUGGGCGAAGCCUCAGAGCGCGGAAGACAGCAACCUUCAAACUCUCAGCUUAGAAGCCGAUGCACACAAUCAUGAAAAAGUGGUAGACUCCCCUCUGUUGGCGAGACUUAGGCGAUCACCUACCCAUCACAAGCACAAGAGCUAUGGCGGCGGCUAUUGUCCAGUGUGUGGGGGUUAUGGAUACGGAGGUGGAGGUGGAUAUGGAGGAGGAGGAGGUUAUCCCAGUGGAGGAGGAGGAGGAGGAGGUUGUGGCAGUGGUGGUUGUGGAGGUGGUGGAGGACCGAUCACUGUUAUCAUCCCUAUUAAGAAAGGCGGCGGUGGCUACCCCUCAGGUGGAGGUGGAGGCUAUUAUCCCGGUGGCGGCGGUGGGGGUGGAUACCCCUCAGGUGGAGGCGGAGGUGGUUAUCCCUCCAGCGGCGGUGGAGGUGGUUAUCCUUAUGGCGGUGGAGGCUGUGGUGGAGGCGGUUGUGGCGGAGGAGGCUUCCAAGGGGGCAACCAGCUCGGGGGUGGCGGAAGUGGAUACCCUGGAGGCGGCGGCGGCGGUGGCAGUUGUUCCACCUGCGGUGGACGUGGAGGCGGUGGAUCUUUCUCCCAUUCGUCGGCACAAAGUUCUGCUUCUUCUUCCUCAGGAGCUUGGUAACCUUGGAAACAACUUGACAAUGUGACCUUGGGCUCACUACAUCAUCUUCUAGCUCCCUUGACUGUGUCCAUAUAUCGAAGUGGUGUUCUUAUCUUUCCACCUGGCAAACUUAAUGAUUAAAUGUCUUUUUUACAUUUA